AUGCAUCUUAUGUACACCCUCGAUAACGAAGGCAAACGUGUCUACACCUUGAAGAAGGUCCUGAAUGGCGAGGUCACCAAGUCUGCCCACCCCGCUCGCUUCUCCCCCGAUGACAAGUACUCUCGUCACCGUGUCACCCUGAAGAAGCGUUACGGCCUUCUCCUCACCCAGCAAUCCCACCCCUAA